UAAGCAGAAACUGGCGGAAAUAUUUGGCAGUGAGAGAACAAGGGCGCUUUCAGAAUCGUGCUCGGCGUCUCCUCGACAGCCACGCUUGCAAACUCUCCGCAACGCGUCACUCCAUUCUUCUUGUUUCGCGCCUAGACCUCAACAACUCUCCCGCCAUUUCGAUCCACAUUAGCUGCUGCCAUCUUGUUCGGUGUCUAGGGUAUCCAGCAGUGUAACUGUUGAGUCUCGGUGCCCAUCAGCAAGAUGCGCUUCAGUGUCAUCAAAGAGGUGGAUUGGGAAGUGGACGACAGAAAGCAGGGCAUCUCGUCGGGCCGCAAGGUCAAGACUGAGAAGUACCACUUCAUUCUAGCCUGUGGCCGGGACACUUCGGAAGCGAAAGCCAGAGGCAAUGAGGCUCCUGACGAAGCUGAGCGAUCAAAGGAUCAUCUUGAGCUAAAAAAGCAGUCUGAAGAAGCUGGACAAUUUACGGAGCUUUCCUGUUUCGUCUGCGGCAAGACGAGGUCCGAUGAUUACCAUCAGAAACACCCUGUCAAGCGCGGCGAGAAUCCGAUACCCAGCCUCUGUCAUCGCUGCCGUCAGGAUCGGAAACUGAGGAUCGCUGAUCGUGGCCGGGUGGGGAGUCGCCACCGCCGCGCCAACAGACUCUAUGCUCACAUCGACAACAAGCAAUGGUGCUCGAACUGCGGUGUACUUCGAUCUCAGCACUAUCACGAGAUGUAUAUGACUACCGACCUCCCUCCUUGGUCGGAAAUUUGUGGGAAAUGCAAGAAGAGUGUGGAGAAGGAGGGAAAGCAAGAGCUCAGUCGGCUGCUCUGUGAAGAGUCGAUGACGACGAAGAGGAGUAGCGUCGAGGAGGACACAAGAGGACACCAACACAACCAGCGUUUGGGUCGCCCUUAUGCUCUUCAACCCGAUCCUCUUGACCGCGGAGAUAACGUGGCCUCUUCUGAAUCUCUUGCUCCUGGCAUUCUAGCCAAAGACGGUUCCCGAGACGACGUUGAGGACCUAGAACCUCUGAAUGCAGCUUCUGCCGCGAGCUACGAGAAUCUGAGCGGCGUUGCCAGCUCAGUGAAAGAUUACCAGGCUCUGAACACCCAAACCGAUGUUCCGAACACCAUGUCUAAGGAGCGUACAUUGGACGAUAUGUAUCACACCACGCUGUCUGAACGCCGGGACCGUCCGGAGCAGCACCAAAACGCAAAGCCGCAGCAGUUCGCCAAGCCGCUUGAGCCAGAGCGGGCCCAACACCAGCCGGAAAAGCUGGAACGAGGUGAGCACCAUAACCCGCCCACUGCUCCCGUCAACAGCGCCAAGAAGCGUCGUGAGCACAAAUACAGCUGCUUCCCCAGAUACCGGGAGCAAGUCGAGACUUCCCAAUUCAAGCCAAAGCGAUACCCAAAGCCCAAGCCCGAACCCCGGCACACCCAGCAGCGCGAUGACGAACAUGAGCCGGCCCAGUCAUGCCGCAUGGGCGUCUCCGACAUGUACUGGGCCUCCGAGGAAGGCGCCUAUCUGAGAACCCUUGCGGGUGAAUUCGGCUUCUGGGAAUUUCAACCCGACCAUUACUACGAUGGCGACAAGAUCAACACCGAGCGCGGUCCGGGCUAUGAUGGCGCGGCUCCUGCUGCCAUGGACAAUCCCGCAGAGUCCUUCUCCUCGGCAACCGGCUCCGGCUCCAGCGAGGAGGAUGCUACCUCGUCGUCGAGCGGCAAGACGUCGCCCGAGCUUGCCGAGUCUUAUGGCCAUUUCUCCGCGGCAGCAACUACCCAACCCUGGAAUGCUGAGAGCCUGCGCUCCGGUGUGCCCUCGCCGUUUGAGUUUGGCCUUGGGCAGCCGUCGUACUACAACAACAGCGACAACAACAAUAGCCGCAUUUGGGAGGUUGAUUCGGUCACGGCGGGGGAAAUCGAAAAGGCGCAUGCCGUCCUUGCUGGCGGAAAGGGCAAGGCGAAGGCUAAGUCGAUGGGCAAGAGCAAAGGCAGGGGCAAGGACAACUGAAAAGGCAACUGGGCCAUGCUGCCUGCUGAUCUGUCCUGCGGUUGAUGCAUCAUUUGCUUUCCAGUGCCGGAAUCCCUUCUUUCUUCCUAUCAUUUUCUUAUCAGGUGUAUUAUCGCCUUCGGAUUAUACGCAGGCGGGAUGGCGAGAGCAGGAGAGUUUCACACUCUCUAUUCUUUCGCCUUUCUUCUCACCUGCUCUAUAUGUUCUCAUCGCUCCGGCAUGGUCAUAUUAUUGCAGCCCGUCCUUCUCAACGCUGCAUUCCGUCUUCGGAAACAUGACGUUUGGACUGGCACAGGUGUCAUUGAAUCAUGAAGGAGCAGGCAGGGGGAGCCUGCCUCACACGAUGUCACAGAUAUACAUAGGGAACAACCGGC